UGUCGGUGCGGACCAGCUCGGCCGGGUGAUCGGCGAUGAUCUCCACCAUGGUGCGGUUGUCGUGCGGUCGCAGCCGAGGAGCUGUCGCCUCCUGUUGCACCGCUGCCGCCGGGCUCACCUCGCUCAUCUUUCCCGGGACAGGCUGUAAGCUACUGGACGGGGGGCUGAACCUCCGGCUGGUGGUCGGAUCUACAGGAAUGCGCAUUACAACAACCACAAUUAGAAAAAAAAAAAAAAAAAUACAGGGGAUUAAAAAAAAAAGGCAGGGGCGCAGGGCGCGAGAUACCGGUACCGAGCAGCUCUUCGCGGCACUAAGUGGGGCGCAGCAUUUCAGCUCCAGCGCAUCCCCACCAGUAACCCCCGGAGGAAAUCGGAAAGUCGCUCCGCUAGUAGCGAUGAGCAGUAACGCAGCAAGCCCAAUGUCUGGUGUGGCCUCUUUAAGUUCCGGAAGAGGAACUGGAAAAUCUGCAAGCUUUGUUCCUGAGUUGCAAACAAUGCUAUUUGCUCUUGGAGAUGUCCGUCGACCUCUUCAGGAAACUGCAGCAUUAGUAGAAGACAUAGUGCAUAGCCAGCUCAUUCACUUGUUGCAGCAAGCUGCAGAUAUAUCUCAGUUAAGAGGAGCUAGAGUUAUAUCUGCUGAAGACAUCUUGUUUCUUAUGCGUAAAGAUAAGAAGAAGCUUAGAAGAUUGUUGAAAUACAUGGCUUUUAGGGAUUAUAAAUCCAAAAUUGUCAAAAGUAUUGAUGAAGAGGAACCCAUUGAAACAGACAAAUUCAGCUGCAGCAAUGUCAACAAGAGGCAGAAGUUGGCUCAGGACUUUCUCAGUUCUAUUGAUCAAACAGGAGAAUUUCUGGCACUACUGGAAGACACUGAAAUUGAUGAAAUUAAACAGGAAAGACUGGAGAGAGCCGAACGACAGACCAGAAUGAUGGACCCUAUUCAAUAUGCAGAGUUCUGUGAAAGCCGGCAGCUGAGUUUUUCAAAAAAGGCAUCAAAGUUUAGAGAGUGGCUCGACUGUAGCAGUAUGGAAGUGAAGCCCAAUGCUGUUGCCAUGGAAAUCUUGUCCUACCUGGCCUAUGAGACAGUUGCUCAGCUGGUUGACCUUGCACUUUUGGUGAAGCAAGACAUGGCCACAAAGGCAGGAGACCCAUUCAGCCAUGUUAUUUCAGCAACUUAUAUACAACAUUAUAAUACUCCAGGAGAGGGGCUGUCUGUAUCUGUAAAGACCCAUAUGGAUUCCCCUGAGAACACCCCUCCUUCCACACCCACCACCCCAGCCUCAGGGCCCCAGCAUGGAGUGAAGACUCACCCAAGCAAUCUUGGAAAUGGAGGUGCUGGGCAAGAUUCAUGCAGCAAAGUUAAACAGAGAAAACGAAAAAAGAGCGCUGCAGCCUGUGGUCUCCCGGCUCAAAGUGAUGCCAUUCAGCCCGCCCACAUCAGAGAAGCAAUCCGACGGUACAGCCACAAGAUUGGCCCACUCUCCCCAUUCACAAGUGCCUACUGCAGAAAUGGGAUGACAUUUCUAGCCUGUUGAUCAGAAGAAGAACAGUAAAUAUAGAGACGCCGUCUAAAGAUGUAACUGCCAAUAUGACAGAAAGCAAGAUGCCAUUUCUAUCAUCAGUACUCUGCCGGAUUUGUCUUUCAGUCACAGAAGAUGACAGCUUAUGAGGACGAAUUUUAGUGAGAAAUGACGCCUUUAAUUGUUGUUAAUCUCAGUGAAACACUGAAUGGCAACAAAAAUGAAAAGUCAUAUUGUUUCCUUGCACAUUUAACCCUAUUUUUCAUGAAUAAAGAGUUUACAGACUUUCCCAUUUUCUAAA